GAUCUAGCAAAACUGAUGUCGACGCCUACGGCCUACCAGUGAAUGGUCAUAGUUAAGCAGGUUCCGUGUUAAAAAAAAAGCUAAAGGUAAACAUUGAAUAAUAUCUACAGCCCGAGAAAGUAAAAGAAUAAGAACGGCUAUGCACCUAAACCAGAAAUAUUAUAUGUUAUAAUUUUUACGCUCAUGGAAUGCCAAAUUUAAUAGUGAUCAAAGGAAAACAUGCCGGCUUAUCAUUCCAGUUUCACUAAUAAUACUGCUACCAUUGGCAACCUAGCAUUGUUACCUAUAAAAACUCAUUUUAGAGGACCCGCCCCUACAUUAAAUGGCGACGAACUGGAUAUUAUAGAUGAAGCCUUAUACUUUUUCAGAGCAAAUGUUUUUUUUAGAACAUAUGAAAUUAAGAGCGACGCCGAUCGAGUUCUCAUCUACAUCACGCUUUAUAUUACUGAAUGCUUAAAGAAAUUACAAAAAUGCGGAAACCAAAAUCAAGCCCUCAACGAGUUAUAUUCUUUGGCUUUGGCAAAAUUCGACAUACCUGGAGAUCCAGAUUUUCCAUUAAAUUUGGUUUAUGCAAAACCAAGUAAUAUUACUGAGGCUGGGUCUCUCAGGUCACUGUACUUCCCCAUAGCUUCCACUCCGGCACAUCAUUUUGUUUUAAGCGGUUCUAAAAACACCUGCGGCUUUGAUGAAAACAUUCUUAUUGCGACACUCGUGCUUCAUUUUCGAAAUUUAGUUUACAUCUCUUUCAAGAAUAAAACGAUGCAGAGAAAAAUGGAAAAGCAAUAUAAGAAAUUUAAUGAGGCAAUAUUUACAGCAGGUCAGGCAAGAGGCUUCUCAACGUCUUAUCAAAAAAGUAUACGAAGUAGGUGGUAAGCCGAGUAAAUGGUGGCUAUGUUUUGCCAAGAAGAAGUUUAUGGACAAAUCUCUAUCUGCACCUGGCCAAUAAACAUACUUUUACCAAAUUUUAAAUGUAUUGCUUUUUGAAUACGUGCAAGUAAAUUUUAUUGUAUUUCA